UUGUUCUGUUUCCCUUUCAUUAGACAGAGUUUUUAUUAGGGCUACUUUGUAAAGUGCCUUCAGAUUGAUUUUUUGUGAAUUGAUCCUAUAUACCUGAAUUGAGUAGUUUCUGUUGCAUUGUAGUAUUUUCUGUUAGGGACAUGACACUGAUAGCGUUUAGGUAAGGGCCCCCGCCCCCCGGCCCUCACAGCGCCAUCGCGCGCCCCUGUCUGACGCCGUCCACGUGACAGUGUUUACCUAAACCCCAACCCUGAGCAGGAACCAGUCUGCGUCGGCCGCGCCAGGGAGCGUGUCCAUGGGCCAGAGCUUGAGGUUCACAGGCAGGCGCCCGGCAGAGACAUGAGCAACUCCCGGCCAACACUCGGCGACCUAGAGGCUGCCUACAAGCACAGUCUGGAGAAGCAGAUCGUGGGACGAGGCACCAACUUGACAUGUAGUGACCAGGAGUUAUGGGACCAGGUGGAGGCGCUGCUGAAGGAGGGAAGUACUGACGACACCCACUGCCUGGGUCUGGAUCCGCUGAGGCUGAUGGAGGAGUCGCUCGCGCAGGCAGCAGCGGUAUCGACGCCCAGCGCCGGGAGAGUCCGAGGCAGAGCUGGAUUACAAGGCCUGGCUAAAGCUUUUGAGGUCCUUGAGCAAGCAGCUUUGAACCUCUACCUCAGCCCCUGGAGGGAGGAGUACAAAGUCGUCAAGAUGUACUCCGGUAUGUUCACCCAUUGCAUCAAGCCGGUGCUCUCAAUGCCCCAGAUCGAGAAAGUGUUCGGGCUGUUGGGGUACAGGCCCGGCUCUUCUCGACAGCAACAGCUCCACCUUCAGUCAUCCAGAACCUCUACUGCCACUCCAGAAGACCUCCUCCGCUUGUCUUGUGCCUUCUUCUUGGCCCGCUGCGAGUGCUGCCUCCUCCAGAAGGUCCUGGGGAGCCAUGUUGGUGAGGCUGACUGGGAGCUGAGUGUGGUGCGAGAGAGGCAGAAAGGCCACAGUGUUCAGUUUGCCUUGGAAAACACAAUAAAGACCCUGAAGGUCCAGCAGCCAGUCACUGAGCCAUUAGAUGCAGAUGUGGAUGUAGAUCUGUACACAGAUGUACUGGCUAACGGGGGGCAGAAGGAGAUAGGGGGUGUAGAUGAUGAGGGUCCUCGCUCUUUAAUCUGGGCGUCUCCCCUCGGAUCACCCAAAGCUGUGAAGAUGCACAGCAAUGAAAUUAUGUCCUUGCCCUCCACAUCUGCCUCCCCACCCACUGGAGAGCACAGCUGUAUCUCCAUGCUCAACUGCCAGCUGACAAAGACAUCACCUGUAGAGUCCAAUAUCCACAGAAGCUCAUCUGUCAACAAAAGGCAAAGCAAGCAAACCUGCAACGAGUCGAAGUUGGAUGGAGGAGACCAGCCCCAGCUGCACAGCCUGCAGCUGGAAGAGGUGGAGCUUGGUAUGAAGAAGGCUGAAGCCAAUCAGUUAUGCAGCUGUCUCCAGAAUUCCUCCUAUCCUACAAUGAAACACUGUGCUAAGUGCAAACUGACAGACAGUAAGAGCUGUGCCGUUCUUGGGAGCUGCCAUGUGGAACGCCGCCCUGAUGUUGCAGUGGACUCAAUGGCAGGAUCGGGCUCGGUGUCGGCACAAAACGAAAGCCUUAGAGUGAGCGACAGGAGUGCAGCACAAAUUGUCCCCAGCGGCAGCACGGUGAUGUCCUCGUUGGUGCGAAGCGACUGUCCUAAACCGAAGCCUAAAGCGAUCACCUACCAUGAGUGCUGCAACCUUGCCCAGCUGGACCCUCGCCUUCUGUGCCACAGCUGCUGUGUCUUCCACUCGGAGUCCUGCAAAGAGCGAGAGUACUGCAAAUCUCACCACAUGGUCAAAGAACUGGGAGUGUGUGAGUGUGGGAGGCUGUGCUCCAGAAAACCUCUGGUUCUGUGUAGAUACUGUGGCAGCGAGUACUGUAGAGACUGUUGGUACAGGACCCCACUUGAAUGCACAUGUGGCCAAACGUUUGACCAGUCGUCCUCUGUGUGAUUUCAUUAAUGAGGCACAAGUAGCGAAAUCACAAAGCCUUAAAUGUUUGUGCUUCUACUAAGAACCUUUUAUAACAAAAGAUCCAGUUGUUGCCUUGACAUGGUGCUAAAAAACGGUAAUUAGUGCGUUCAUUAGUCAAUGAUGUCUGAAACUAGUCGUGUCGUUGUUUUUUAAAGUCUACAGCUGAAACAAAUCUGCCACACGCAUCACUGAAGAAAUGAAAACAAGGGAGACAAUGUUUCAACCUAGUGCCAAGAGUCAUCUGAUGACUCAUUCACCAACCACAUCCCAUCAGCGUUACAUAGUCCUAAUGAUGACGAGACCUAGGACAAGUACACAUACAGAGGAAUAUUUUUUACUUUUACCUUACGUACCUUAAAGGGCAACUUUACCUUUUUAGUGUUGCUUGCUAUGAGGCGUGCCCAGUGGACAAUCCAGGUUUCCUUCCGAACCACGAUGGGUCGCGAACACCCACCCACAGUUGCUGGUGUUUGUUUGCGUUGCUGUAGAGAGGAUGGUUUCUGCACUGUCAGGUGCUGGGUUUAGGUUCACUGGAAUAUAUGCUCCAGUACAGAAGCAAGUUGAAACUGAGUGAAGCCAAUAUACACAAGUAUAAUAGAUCAUACAGGCUUCUGUGUCACAAAUGUGAAAUGUUUUUCAGCUUAUCAAUGUAGCUUGGCACAGCACAAGGGAACCUGCCUUCAUCUGCAUCUACUGCCCGUUUCUGUGUUAAAUGAGCAGAUGUCUCGUGACGGUGGAUUUGGUUGUUGCAUACCAGACUAACCAGCACCUGAGGAAUCAGCUUUCGUGUUUAAAUUUUUGUUGCAUCACAACUAACAAAAUUAAAUCAUUUUUUAAAUGUG